GCACACUCAAAGUUGGAGGGCAUAAUUGUCCGUUGAAGCCAAGUUAAUGGUUAUGUUUAUGUAUUAUGCCUAAAUAGUAACUUGUCCAGCUGAGCACUUAUAUAUCUUUAAAAUACACUCGUCCAAAACUUGGGAUUGUUACAACAAUUUCGAUCAAAUUUUGGAUAUAUUUCAGACCUUUUUCCAUACAUAUUACUGAUUAGUAUAAGUAUACCAAAGUCCAUAAUUUUGAUAAAUAAAUAGAAAUAUCUAUUAGCCUUGGAAUGUUACCCAAUGAAAUUUGAACUUGUGGCAAAGAUUUCGUGGAGCUAAAUAAACAUGUAAGAAACAUCAUGGUCCUUCUCUCAAUUCCAAUAAACAAAUUGAUAAACAUAGAGGGUCUAAUUUGCAAUUUUAACAUACUUGAAGUCGAAGCUAAUCUUAAAACUCCUCUUUACGCGGUCUGGGACUUUCCCUUCGCUUUCGUAUUGGGAAUUUGCAAAUACAACUCGCAUAUUCUCUCUCCCUCGCUCUCUUUUAAAGCUUCGUCGCCGCCGUCGUGUCUGGUUGCUUCGAUUCGCCGGUAAGUAUUCCGAUCUCAGCUACAACGUGCCGGAAAAGAGCGUAAAUUUACCCUAAAGUCUUCAAUUCCUAGGGGUUUCGCUUCUUCGCUGUCUCUAUGUCUUAGAAUUUUUCAAGCUAUUCGAGAAAAAGGAAAAAAAAAUUAGGGAAAAGAACUUCAAUUGAUUUUUAUAUAUAUUUGAUUAGUUUUUACCAGAUCUGCUAUUGUGUUUUCAAAUAACUCGAUAUUUCAUCGAGCUAGGGUUUGUUGGGUUUGCCGACUUUAUUUGUGAAAUUAGGGUUAGGGUUUAUAGGUGAAUUUAGGGUUUUCUUUGAUACAAACAUUUACAUGGCUGCUGGAAGACAUGGUGGUUACAGGGAUAAUGAAUUUAGGGGGCGUGAGGCUGAGUUUGAGGUUUCACGGCGGGAGCUUGGUUACUCCAAGGGGGAUUACGAAAGAAUUAGGUCUGAGGAUCGGGAUUUUGAUAGGGAUCGAGUUCAUGACAGGAGUGGUCGAGAUAGGGGUAGGUUGAGACAGAGGGAUAUAAAGGAAAGGGAUAUGGUAAAUGGGAGUUUUAGGUCCAUGUCAAGCAGGAGUGAUUCUGGUAGUAGUGAUGGUGAUGGUGGUGGAGCGAGGAGAAGUGGUGGGCUUAGUGUCAGAGCUGUUGACCGAGAGCCUAUAAAAGAAAGGGAUAUGAUAAAUGGCAGUUAUAGGUCCGGGUCAAGCAGGAGUGAUUCUGGUAGUAGUGAUGGUGAUGCUGGUGGAAUGAGGAGAAGUGGGCUUAGUGUCAGGGCUGUUGACCGAGAGCCUGGGGAAUUGUCUAGCGAGAGUGGGUCUGAUGGGGCUAUUGAGUCAGACCAGAAGACCAAGAAUGCCGCCAAUGGGAAUCAGUCUUCUGUACAGAGCAAGAAACGAAAAUAUUCUCCAAUUAUAUGGGAUAGGGAAGAUAAGGAAGUGAAUAGAAUGUCAAAGAGUAGAAAUUCACCAGUAGCUGCUAAGCUACCUCCUCCGCCUCCAUUGCCAAAGUCAUCUGGCCAGUUGGCUAAUUUCCCCCCUGAAAGGGUUGAGCAGGUCUCUCUGUUGAACACUAAUAAUGUUCACAGUAUGGAGCCAUCCCCAAGUAAUACAAAUACAGCACUUGGUUUACUUAUGGAUGCAUCUCAUGAAUCCCCAGUUGACAUAUGUUCUCCACCUGUUGAUGAGGAGCAAUUGCUCAGUCAGGAAGCCAGGAAAGUAGAAGAUGAGGAAUACGUGCCCGUGCCGACUAUAAGAUCAUCUCGAUGGGCAACUGAUGCUGACUCUCCAGCUGAUGAAGGUGAGAUUUCAGGUGAUGAUACGCCCCUAUUGAAAAAGCGACGAGCAGUUUCCCAGUCAGCUGAAAUGGGUGGACGCAGGAAAUCACUAACUCCUGAAUAUGAGGAGCUCAAGAGAGAAAGCUCCGGAGGAAAUAGAACGAGGUCUUCAGACUCUGAUGAACAUAUUAGGUCUUGCAGCAGAGAGAGUUACCAGGGCAAUGAAUUAGAUAAGAAUGACUCAAUGGAUGUGGAUAAGGACCGCAAUUAUGAUGGGACUAGUGUUAGCCAGUCAGAUACAGAAUCUGAAGAUGAACAUGAUUCUCGUGGUACACCGGAGGCUGCGCUUCCUCCACAAAGGAGCGUAAACAUGCUGCAGGGGUGUAGAAGCGUCGAUGAAUUCGAGCGGCUUAACAGGAUAGAUGAAGGCACUUAUGGGGUUGUUUACAGAGCUAAAGAUAAGAAGACGGGAGAAAUUGUUGCACUAAAGAAGGUUAAGAUGGAGAAGGAACGAGAAGGAUUUCCCCUGACAUCUCUCAGGGAGAUUAACAUUCUUCUUUCUCUUCAUCACCCCUCAAUUGUAGAUGUCAAAGAAGUAGUUGUAAGAAGCAGUCUUGACAGUAUUUUUAUGGUGAUGGAGUACAUGGAACAUGAUCUGAAGGCAUUAAUGGAGACAAUGAAAAAACCAUUUACCCAAAGUGAAGUCAAAUGUCUUAUGCUCCAGCUUUUGCAUGGUGUCAAGUAUCUUCAUGAUAAUUGGGUCCUUCACCGAGAUUUGAAGACUUCAAAUUUGCUUCUAAACAACCAAGGUGAGUUGAAGAUUUGUGACUUUGGUUUAGCUCGUCAAUAUGGGAGCCCCUUGAAACCAUACACUCAUUUGGUGGUUACUUUGUGGUACAGGGCGCCAGAACUUCUGUUGGGAGCCAAGCAAUAUUCUACUGCAAUUGACAUGUGGUCACUGGGUUGUAUCAUGGCCGAGAUGCUAUGCAAAGAACCACUCUUCAAUGGGAAAACAGAAGUUGAUCAAAUUGACAAGAUAUUCAGAAUUCUUGGCACCCCUAAUGAGACGAUUUGGCCAGGGUUUUCCAAGCUUCCUGGGGUGAAGGUCAACUUUGUAAAGCAUCAGUUUAAUAAUUUAAGAAAUAAAUUUCAAAGCCCUACAACAUCCUACAUGGGAAAACCAGACCUAUCAGAGUCUGGCCUUGACCUGUUGAAUAAGCUUCUGACUUAUGAUCCUGCGAAGAGAAUAUCUGCCGAUGCUGCUUUGAACCAUGAGUGGUUUCGUGAAGUUCCUCUCCCCAAGUCUAAAGAAUUCAUGCCUACUUUCCCUGCACAGCAUGCACAAGAUAGGCGUGUGCGAAGAGUAAUGAAGAGUCCAGAUCCUCUUGAGGAGCAGCGAAGAAAGGAACUGAAGCAAGGGGUGUUGGGAACUGGUGGAUUGUUUGGCUAAGAUAAGUGAAUAGUGCUCAGUAACUGUUUGAGUUUUGCUUUCUCUAAUACUCAUGGGUUGACGUGGUUGAGGUUAGAGCCAUGCACUUAAAGGAAGUUGCAAAAAUUGUUUGCUAGACGAUCAGUUCAGCUGUUUUUUAGCAGGCUUAUCUGACAAUUAGAUCAAGAAACAAUUCUUUUGGCUAUGCGUUAUCAGAUCUGUUGCAGGUUGACUUACUGGGCUCUGGUGCCUUGUCAAAAUCUCUGGGACUGCUUGCAUGGCAGGGGUGGCAUAGUGAGCUUACCUGUUAAGGAACAGUUUCAAUUGAAACUCGUGUAUGUAGCAUAUUUCCCAUUGGCAGUGUAAACAAUGAUCUUGAAAUUGAUUUUGUUAAACAUAUGGAUUGGUUUCAUACUUCUAGUAUGUCGAUUUUAAUUUUCAUAUUCUGUUUGCAAGAGAUGGUGGUGUAAAGCUGAUGGGGAAUUCUUAGCUUUUUCAUUGAUGAAGAAUUUCAAUGAAACUAUUGCACAUAUGAAGGUAA